UUUGUCCUCCUUCACUUGUAUUUUUAUUUUCUAUUUCGACACCUUAUUUUAUCUCUUGUUUGUUCAAGCUAAAAAGGAAGAUGAAGACCAAGGCGAACUUGUCAACUAAAAUAAUUAUGACUGUCAUCCUUUUAUUGAUCACUCUCAUCGCUGAUGUGUGUGUUGAUCCAGUAUCCGCAGAAGGUGGAGGUGGGCAUGGCGGCGGCGGUCACAGCGGCGGCGGGCACGCUGGUGGAGAGAGCGGAGGAGGCGAGCACGGCAGUGGUGGAGAGGGCGAAGAAGGCGGCAGUGGUCGUACUCGAGUGGUCCCGGCCGGGCAUGGUAACAGCAAAGGGAAUGGCGCCCAACUCACCAAAUCGCCCUUCAUGUUUGGACUUCAUCUUGACGCCGUCAUCAUCUUCAACCUACUCGUCUUUUAUCUCAUCUAAGUUUAAAUUCCUUCAUGUAAUUAUUUUUUCAAUAUUCGAAUUACAUAGAAAUAUGAUAGUAAACAUUCACUUCUUAAUUUGUAAGAGGCCUUACAGUUUAAACUUUUUCAGAAAUAGGAUUUCACAAUGUGAUUCAUGGAGCAUGCUAUCCAUACCCUCUAAUUUAUAGCCAAACAUU